AUGUUGCUGUUCGCUAAUAUUUGUUUGAAAAUUGCAACACUUGCCACAAUUUGUGGCAUCCUCAGCCAGUUGCAAGUGGCUGGUGCCGCAGCACCAGCCGGAUCCGUGCAACAAUUGCCGCAACGCAUCUACAAUUUACUCCAUCAAUUAUCCUGUGGCAGGAAACUCAAUGCAAGCGCCAAGUUCGCAUUGUUGUUGGCCGAAUUUCUGAUAAAACAGAAAAUGAGAUACAUAACGCCCACACGCUACGAUAGACAAUUAUAUUAUCAACUGCUGCAUAAAAUGAAGCAGCUCGGAAGCUGCGCGAGCCAGGGCGAGAUUAAUCAAGUGCAAGAGCUAAUUCUGCGAAAUGCCUUUCAGCGCAAUGUUUUGCUUCUGCCGCCCAACUUGAAAUAUGGCGCACUGAACGCGAACGCCGAAUACGAGCAGUUGGCUUUGAGCUAUGACAGCCUCGUCAGCCAGGGUGCGCCGAACAGAACCCAAUCGGAUCUCUGCAUGCGGGAUAUAGUCAAUCUGGAUACCAGCAAGUGUCAGCUCAGCCUGAACUGCCUGGAGCUGCUGACCAGCGAGGCGCCAGCCUAUGGCUAUCAGCGCACUCAUCAGGCACUUCUGCUCUACAUGCUGCAGCAUCAUAUAUGUGCGCCGAGCUUGAGUCCGCCCCAGCUAUACGAGGAGCUGGCGAAGGGCCAUUGCAAUGAGAUUUUAAGCGAACAAAAUGCGAUACGCAGCUUGGCCCUGGGUCUCGGCAAGUACAAGGAUCUCUAUCUGGAGCAAGCUACAAUCUGCGGUCUGUGGGGCUACAAUGAGUUCCUCAACUGGCGCAAUGUGAUGGAAAUUGACAGCUGGCGGAAGGAGGAGGAGCAGCAGGAGGGGGAGGAGGAGGAGGAGAGGGAGCACAUUAAGGACUUGUCGCUGGUGUUCUACAUAAAUGCGCUGCUGCUGCUGCAUUAA